AUGUGGGGCCCCGCUGCGUGCCCGGAUGUGGGUGACGUGCGGCCGCCAUCUUCCCGUGCCGGGCAGCCAGCGCCAGUUGGAGCUAGCGCGAGCCGCUGCCGCCGCAGCCGCUGCCUCUGCCUCUGCCGCCACCGCCGCUGCCUCUGCCGCCACCGCAGCCGUCACUGCCACUGUCAAGUCCUCCGCCCGCCGCCUCCGCCAUGUGAGUCGGCCGGCCGCCGCCCGCGCCGGGCAUCCCCGCGCCGCCCCGCCGCCCUUGGGAACGGGCAGCGGGGAGUGCCCGGGGCUCUGCUCGCGCCCCCCACGCCACCUGCACCCAGAAGCCUGAUCCGGGCCCGUGACUGUGCGCGGGCGCCCCGGGAACCUGCACCCUGGACGGGCCCGCGCGGACGAUGGCCGCGAGAGGGAGCGGACCGGGUGUCCGCCCGCCCCGCCGUCCCCUGUCACCGCGGCCGCCAGUCAUGGAAGGAGAAGGAAGGAAUGGAUGGAUGGACAGGCGGCUGGGCGGAGCCCGGGCUGCGGGUCCAGCGCCCAGGCCCCAGUCUUAAUCCGCCCCUGCCCCUCAGGUCUGCUACCGGCGCCACCGCCCCCCCUGCGGCCCCGGCUGGGGAGGGAGGCCCCCCUGCACCCCCUCCAAACCUCACCAGUAACAGGAGGCUGCAGCAGACCCAGGCCCAGGUUGACGAGGUUGUGGACAUCAUGAGGGUGAAUGUGGACAAAGUCCUGGAGCGGGACCAGAAACUGUCGGAGCUGGAUGACCGCGCAGAUGCACUCCAGGCAGGGGCCUCCCAGUUUGAAACAAGUGCAGCCAAGCUCAAGCGCAAAUACUGGUGGAAAAACCUCAAGAUGAUGAUCAUCUUGGGAGUGAUUUGCGCCAUCAUCCUCAUCAUCAUCAUCGUUUACUUCAGCACUUAA